AUGUCUGGUAUGCAAAAGGAAAAGGUUGAUCAACAACCAGAAGAGCAAAUUCACAAGAUUAGAAUUACUUUGACCUCCACCAAGGUCAAACAUUUGGAAAAUGUUUCAGCUAACAUCAUCCGUAAUGCUUCUCAACGUAAUAUUGUUAAGAAAGGACCAGUUAGAAUGCCAACUAAGGUUUUGAAAAUCACAACCAGAAAAGCUCCAAAUGGUGAAGGUUCUAAGACUUGGGAUGCUUACGAAAUGAGAAUUCACAAGAGAGUUAUUGAUUUACAAGCCCCAGCUACCACCGUGAAGAAAAUUACCCAAAUCACCAUUGAACCAGGUGUAGAUGUUGAAGUUACAAUUGCUGCUUAA